AUGUCUACACAAACCCAGCCGGCAAGCGCCAGCAACAUCGUCGACCCGAUGACGAACGAAGCCUUGACCAAGACUCAACAACCAGGAAUCUAUCAGCGUGUUCAGACAUCAUGGCGAUCAUUCUGCACCCUCAAGGACCUUACGCCGGAACAGGUGGACUCGUUCAUGAAGUCCUAUGUGAUAUACGACCUAGACUGGAAGAACGAGAAGCAGAUGAUCGAAGUCCUUGGCCCCAAUUACCAGCAGGAAGUCGGGAGAUGUUUGUCGGAUUACUAUGGAGUUCUCAACCACCUUUGCGCUAUUGGCGAGCUUGAGAAGAUGUAUGUCCCACCGAUCAUGAAUCCGGAGUUCGGUAUCAUGGGCAACCAGCUGCUCUAUGAAGAGCUCAUCAUCGAAGAGCUCCAGUUGCUGGCGAAUGCAAAGGUGCUCGAUAUCGGCUGUGGCAGAGGCCGAGUUGCAGCACAUAUGACCGACAUGACUGGGGCGAAAGUGUCAGGCUUGAACAUCGACAAGGACCAAAUCGCCAGCGCGAUUGCGUUUAACGAGUUAAUGAAGCACGACAACACAUUUGUACGCCGCGAUAUGAACGACCAACCCUGGCCCUUCGAGGACGAGGAAUUCGACGGCUUCUACCAAAUCCAGGCGUUCAGUCUUUGCAAAGAUCUCGAUCAGACAUGCAGAGAACUUUACCGUGUCCUCAAACCCGGCGCACGAUUGAGCUUACUCGACUGGGUGAGUCUAGACGCCUACAAUCCAGAGGACGCACACCACCGCGACCUGAUGCGAGAAGUGAAACCCAUCAUUGGCGCCGUCGGUACACCAACACCACAAUCCAUGGUCGAAUCGCUCGAGCAGGCCGGGUUCAGAAUGGUUCGCCAUUACCAACCUAGCCACGAAGGCAUCCAAGCGCCCCUCCUCGAACGAGCAAAGACAUAUUUCUUCACGGCGAGGUGGUUGAUGCACAAUCUGGUCUACUGGAAAGUGCUACCCGCGCAUCUCGGAACCCUCUUCAACCGGCUGAACCAAGGCGCGGAUUCUUUCAUCGAGGCCGAUCGAUCGAAGCUGAUCACUACGUGCUACCACUGGGUGGCGGAGAAGCCUGCGAGCAGUAAUGGUGCUCCGGCCAAGACUGCCUCGCCCGCUAGCUCUAGCUCGGAUACGGAUGGCAAGCAGACCGAUACGCCACCAUCGUCCGAUGAGUCUAUUGCGGGGACGCAGAGAGGGUUGAGCAAGUAA